CCCCGGGCCCCCCCCGGGGGGAGAGGAGAGGGGAGAGCGGGGCCGCUGUUGAAGGGGAAACAGCAGAAGAUGUUUGGCCAGAAACCCAAAGCCAAGGCCGCCAAAGGCCGGGGGGCAGCGGCCGCCAAACAGUUGGGUCUGUUCAUGGACGUUUCCUCUGAAGAUAUGAUGUUAGAUAUAGAAGGAGAGUGUGACGAUGGAGAUUUGGAAGCAGAAUUAGCUGCACUAACGGGAAAGAAGUCGGUCACUAAACAACAGCCAAAAGGAAAAGCCCCUUUGCCAAUGGAGCAUAUUGAACAAAUGGCAGAGAAUUGUAUGAAAGACUUGGACGAAACUGAAGAUGAUGAUGAUGAUCUAGAAAAUGAUGAGGAGCUCUUGGCAGAGUUGGUGGAAAUGGUUGGAGAAGAAGAUGAGGAGGAGGAAAAACCUACAAAAACACCGUUUGUGGAGCCGCUAAACCAGCCAUCAGCUCCUGUCUCUCAGCCACAGCUGAUUAUAGUUGCUGAGGCUACCAGUGGUGUGCAAGGCACUGUGGAAGAGAGAAUACAGAUGUAUAAGGCUGCAAUAUCUAAAGCAAAGGAGGCUGGAGAAACAUCGAAAACACGAAGAUACGAGCGAGGUCUGAAGACAUUAGAGACUAUGUUGACUUCUGUAAAGAAAGGUAAAACGAUAAAUGAAGCUGAGCUUCCACCCCCAGUGGCUGUUGGUAAAAUCAGUGCUGCCGCCCCUAAGGCUGACAACGUGGAGAGGCUGGAAGAUGAGAGUACAACAGAAGGAAUGGCCAAAGAUCAUCAGGAUUUACCAACAGUAGUGGUUGAGGCACCUGUACCUGCCCCUAAAUCAAAUACCUCUGUGUUACCUGUGGAGGUUAUAUUACCUCUUGUCUCUUCAUCAUCUGAACCAACUAGAGUUCUGACAGAAUCGAUCAGCUCUGCUCAGUGGAGGACGAAUGAUAAUCGAGCAGUUCAUGCUCUCUCAGAAACUAAUGAUACAACGGCAUUAUUGACUGGAAGACAGAAGGAGUACAGAUUGGCUGCAUUGAAAGCAAAGCAACGGGGAGACAUUGAAAAGGCUAAGGAAUUCAUGAAAACUAGCAAAAAGUUUGAUUCGGUAAUCAUGGCUUUGAACAGUGGAGAACCUGUGGAUCUUCGUAAUCUGCCACCAUCACCAGACGCUGCAGUCCAUGAAAAAUCACCUGCUCUUCCCAGUGUAGUCACUGCUUUUCCUGUACAGCAACAACCGUCUACAGCUGAACCCAAAACUCCUGUAGAAUCUGGCCCCCCUAGACCACCUAAAGAUAUACUGGAGGCCCUGCAGCAACGCAUGGAGAAAUACAAAUCUGCAGCAGCUCAGGCUAAAGCUGGCGGGAAUGACCGUAAGGCGAGGAUGCACGAGAGAAUUGCCAAGCAAUACCAGGAUGUCAUCAGGGCACAUAAAGCUGGAAGGAAAGUGGAUUUUGCGGAUCUCCCAAUCCCACCAGGAUUCCCACCUAUACCUGGAGUGCAAGACACAGGUGGAAACCAAGAUAUUGCAGAAGUUCUUGAAGCUGCAUCUCAACUCGCAACUGCAGAGGUGACUGAGGAGGAUGAGGACGAGGAGAGUGGAGCUCCUGCACAGCCUCCCAUUGCAAAGAAACCAACAAGGAUUCCAGAGCAGGGAGUGUCCAGCUUGAUCCUAUCCCCUGCAGCACAGGGCGGCAAGUCUCCAGUACCACAAAAGUCAUCACCAUCUACACCCAGCAGUCUCCAAAGCUCAACAGCCCAGCUACAGUUGGAGUUUCUGGAGAAUAGGAAGAAGCUGUACAUUAAAGCUGCUAUUCAGGCUAAACAGAAGAAGAAUCUUGAACAAGCAAAACAGUUCCUUCGGACCAUCAAGGGUUUUGACCCAAUGAUUGAGGCCGUCAAAAGCGGGAAACCAAUUGAUAUUUCCAAGGUUCCUUCGCCCCCAGAUGAUGACGAGGAUGACUUUAUAAUGGUGUAUCACAAAGAUGUGAAGGUUUCGUCUAAUUUUGAGGAGGUGUACACAAACCUUAUGAAGCUUCUGAGGGAACAGUACCAGAAAUGUCUGACCUAUUCCAAGCAAUUUACACAUCUUGGGAAUGUGGUGGAGACAACAAAGUUUGAGAAGAUGGCUGCCAGUUGCAGCAAAAAUAUGGAGAUCCUUAAACUGGCCCAGGCUCAGGGUUUGAAUCCACCCAAACAUCAUUUUGAGGAGAGAAGCUUUCAAAUUGUACGGAUAUUUUCAGAUCUCAGUAGUACUGAAAUGCUUCUCAUAAUUGUAAAAGGAAUCAAUCUCCCAGCUCCUCCAGGUGUGGCAACUCAUGACCUUGAUGCCUUUGUAAAAUUUGAAUUUCAUUAUCCUAGUUCAGAGCAAGCCCCAAAAUUUAAAACUAAUGUAAUCAAGAAUACAAACUGUCCAGAAUAUAAUCAAAGUUUCAAGCUAAAUAUUAACAGAAAUCAUCGAGGUUUUAAACGAGUGAUUCAGAGCAAAGGAAUUAAGUUUGAAAUAAUUCAUAAAGGAGGAUUUCUCCGGUGUGACAAGCCAGUGGGAACCGCUCAACUAAAACUGGACAAACUAGAAACUGAGUGUGAGGUCAGGGAAAUCAUUGAGAUUUUUGAUGGCAGGAAAUCUACUGGUGGCCGAUUAGAAGUGAAAGCUCAAAUCAGAGAACCUCUCAGUGGACAAGAUUUACAAAUGAUUACAGAAAAAUGGCUGGUCCUGGAUACUGUGAGCACGACACAGAUAGGAACAUCUGAAGAGAAAGCUGCAGGACCACAAUAGUUUGUGAAUUACACACUGGUUCCUUUAUCAGGUCAAAUGGUACUUAAAUUAACUAUGCACCUAUUCAUGACUGCUACAGUAGAAUAGAAUCUACAAGUACAAACUGCUGCUUCUGAGAACACCAUAACUUGCAUGAAACGCCAAAGGAUGUUGAUUCGGGAAGUACAACGUUUACAGAAAUAUUUCCUUAUUGUAAAUCUGCACAUUUCCAGAGUGCCAUGGAUUCUUUCAAAGGAAAUGUGAAAAGGCCAUUUGUAAUAGUUACUGUACAGGUAGAAGCGAGUAUGGUGAACAUUUCUCAAGAGGAAGGAAAAAACUAGGUUGAACAGGAGUGGGCAGCCCUACCUCCUCUGGGCCUUUCUCCACUCAAUGAACAUGGAAUCUGCUGCCAACUUGUUUUGUUUGAAUUCUUAAUGGGUCAGAGGCAAAGUUUGGUUGUAAAAGUUUAAGUGUUAAGCUUAAGUGCAGCAGUUACUGACGGAGUGAACAGUCCAUUCUGCAGCAUUGUGUAGCAAGUUGAGUGCAUUACACGGCUAAAUGUGAGACUAGACGUAGCCAAACACUGUAUGGUGUAAACAAAGGGCAGGUUGAUGUGAAAGCCAAACUGAUAGAAUGCACUUGGCCUCAAUAACUAAGAAUUUUUCAGGACAAAGACCAUUCAUUGCAUUGAUUACAAUUGCUGUCCUUUCACAUUACCUUCUGAUUUGAACAGAAAAGCACUACAUUUUGGUGUAACCUUAGUAUGUUAUGACACAGUUGCACUUGCUUUCAGGGAAAUGCUUGGUGUUUAUGUAUGUGCCUGAAGAUAUGUAUAUGCAGCCUUAAUGUAUAGCUUUGGAAAAAUGGAGAAAGUUAAUGUACCAUAAGUGUGUAAAUGGUUCAGAGCUUUGCGUUGAGGGAUAAUAGGUUUACACAUUUUAUGAAGUUGCACAAAAUGUAAAAAGGCAGAUCAAUAUUUUAUAUGGGGGAAGAGGGGAAAAAAUCUAGUCAUUGUCCCAGAGCUGUCUCCUCAGGCCUAAAGAUUUCAGGACGAAAGGAGGAGACCACUAUCCCCAAUCUGCUCCCUGAAAUGGGUACCUAACCGGUGGGAACAUUGUUUGAUAAAAAUCUUGAACAAGAUUCCCACCAUCCUAACCAAUAUUAAAGUUGCACACGGCAGGAAUUGUUUAUCCUGCUUUUUGAACAAUUUAAAGCAGCGUUUAUGUAUCUUAAAGGUGACGACUCAUUGCAGUUUGAGUUCAAAAGAAACAACUGCUGGAUUUCUUUAAGGGAUCCAGUGCAAGAUCCCUCACCUUGCUCGCUUUUCAGUGCCUUUGAGACUGAGCUGUCAAUAUGCUCUGAUGGGCAGGCAGUUUAUCUAUUAUAGAACUACCCUUUUGCAGGAAUAUCUACUGGAAUGUACUAUACUGCUUGUCAAUCUUGCUCCACAAAUGUUUAAUGCUGUAUAUAUUUAUUUCAAACAAUGUAAGCUGUUUGCAGAAAAUAAAAUUUUAUUUGAAGAUGCUAAGGGGAGUAUAC